AUGGCUAACGCCUACGGUGUUUCUGAAGCUGAGCUAAAUAUCGCUAAACAGCAGGCCGCUCGGCGUGCUGAAUUAAGGAAAGAGUUCAUAAAACAGAAGACUAACCCGUGGAAAAAUGCCGCGGAGGCUGGUUAUGUCUUCGACCCUGCCAUGCAAAAGUUCACGUCAAUGAAAGCCACCCAUUUCCAGUUAUUCAAGCCCAAUAGGAGUAACAGUUUGUUUGGUAUAUUUGCCGUUGUUGUCCCCAUGCUUACUUAUGGCUACCUCAUUUACAACGAGCGGACCGCUCGCGAAGCAAAAAUCCGUUCUGGAGAGACCAAAUACAGAGAGAGAAUGUUCAAGUUAGCUUAA